UUGUUUUGUUUACUACCCUUACUGGCCGCGAAGGUAACAUAGAUGGUAAAGAACCGCUCUACAGCUGGGAGAUGGAAGGAUUUGUUCUUCGGUAGCUUCGAUUGCGCAUGUCCUUUAAUUUUGCAUUGUCGUAUAUAGUCCCACAGUCCCAUAGUCCAAAAAUGUCAAACUUUCGUCGUCGGUUGCUCCUUUCAUUGCAUUCGUUUUGUUCAAUCCGCAUAGCCCUGACCGCUCGCGAAGCAGGCGUUGAUUUGGUGAAAAAUCGAUAACAUAAGCCAGUGAGGAACUGGGGUAGAAUUUAAUUGUGGCCAGCUUGCAACGCAUUUGCUCGGUAGUUGGACAACCAAAUCGAAUGUCGCUUUGUGUUUGCAAGUUACUUUUACCAGUGGAAUUUAGAAAUACGUUCACUUCAGAAUCUUCCUUACCGUGUGUUACCGCAACCGUGCGCGGACGUGAAGCAAGUGCGUAGAAGAAACCAGGAGUGAAAAUAUUUCCAUUGAACGAGAUUGUUAAACCAGCGGCAAAACGGAAACACUGCUGAGUCACCCGCUAGGCUCCGUAAAUCGCACUCCCAAAAUGCGUGCGUUGGGCAUUGCACAACCGAACAACCACCAUCAAACGACUGUCACCAGCGGCACCACCUCCUCCACCACCGCCAGCAAUGUCGGCAGCGUCGGUGCGUCGACCGGUGGCAGCACGGCCGGAAUCAACGGUAAGAACGGCAACGGCGAUGGACACCAUCACGGACCGGGUACCACCCUGAUCACGCUGCCCCGUGCCAUCCCCGCCGGGAACGGGUCUGCCGGCGAUGGACACCGUCCGGGUGGGCCGUUGCGCACCACCGGCGGGAACGGUGGGGUGGCCGGUGGUGGUAGCGUCAGCGAUACCGCCGCCCAGGACACGAUCUAUCUGUGCAACUUUCGCGUCACUGUCGACGGUGAAUGGCUCUGCCUCAAGGAGCUGCAGGAUCUCGAUAUCAAAGACGGUCAGGCAGGUGUUGGCGGUGGCGGCAACGGUGGCGGCGUUGGAGCCGAUGCGCUGGGCGGCGGCGGAGGGGGUGUAGGCGGAGGAACCAGUGACUGCAACGCACUCAAUACUUUCGGUAUAAUUGAGAACGUAAAAUGCGAAGAGAAGAUUAUCGAGCGCGAUUGGGUUAACUACUACUCACGCGAUCCGGCCUCCAUCGAGCGGAGCAAUCUGGUAAAGAUAUGCAAACUGGUGGUAAAGGAAUUGCUGGAACAAUCGUUGCGCUUUGGUCGCAUGCUGGACUCGGAUCAUCUUCCGCUGCAGCACUUCUUCAUCGUACUGGAGCACGUGCUGCGGCAUGGGCUCAAGCCAAAGAAAGGGUUGCUGGGCCCUAAAAAAGAGUUGUGGGACAUUUUGCAAAGCGUUGAGCGAUACUGUGUCGAAGCGAUGGACAUUACUUCCUCCGUGCGCGAUCUGCCCACGGUUCGCACACAUAUGGGUCGUGCGAGGGCAUGGUUACGGCUGGCACUGAUGCAGAAGAAGCUGGCCGAUUAUCUGCAGGUGCUGAUCGAGCAUCGGGAUGACUCGCUAGCAGAGUACUACGAACCGCACGCACUGAUGAUGAGCGAUGAGAUCAUAAUCAUCGUCGGCAUUCUCGUGGGGUUGAAUGUAAUCGAUUGCAAUCUGUGCGUGAAGGAGGAAGAUCUGGAUUCCCAGCAAGGUGUGAUCGACUUCUCCCUUUACCUUCGGUCCAGUUCCCGUAACAGCCCGGAUGAGGAAAACAACGGUGGGGUUGGGGGUGGAAUUGAUGAUAGUGCCACCGGAGCCAUGACGGCCGUAUUGGAUCAGAAGAAUUACAUCGAAGAACUAAACCGACAUCUCAAUGCUACUGUUGCUAAUCUACAAGCCAAGGUCGAAUCACUCACUACGACCAACGCGCUCAUGAAGGAAGAUUUAGCCAUCGCACGGAACAGCCUAAUGGCGCUGCAGGCGGAAAAUGCUGCCCUCCGAAGGGCAUCCCAGCACGGGCACCCGAUCGAGGACAAAACGAACGUACUGGAUCGCUUCGAUCCGGAAAUGGCGGAAACACUUGCGGAGGAACGCAAAAAGCGGCAGGAAAUCGAAAAGGAACUGGAUCUGCAAGUAUCGCUGAAAGCGGAAACGGAAAUGGCAAUGAAGCUGUUAGAAAAGGAUAUACACGAAAAGCAAGAUACGAUCGUUUCACUGCGCCGCCAGCUGGAGGACAUCAAAUCGAUCAAUCUUGACAUGUACCGUAAGCUACAGGAAUGUGAGCUGGAGUUGACCCAGAAGGGUGAGAUGGUAUCACGGUUACAGAUCAAAGCUUCACAAAUCGGUAAAAUACUGUCGAAUCUUGAGCGCAAAGGAGCUGCCGAUGCGAUGACGGAUUCACAGAUCAGCACAAUCAACUCGUUCGGCAGUGUAUCGUCCCCAUCCGGAUCGGGUGGAUCGUACGGGAGCGGGUUAGUUGGUCCACCGAACAAGAAACCGCAUCUUAAGAUCGGUACCAUUCCUCCGUUCAAUGCAAACAAGCUUAGAAAAUCUCCCUCGGUCGGGGCAACGGCAGCAGGUGCUGCUACGGCGGGAAGUACCACUACCACAACCACUGCUACUAGUGCAGCUUCUGCCGAAGCUACAAACACGGCAACACAACAACCAGCUGCUGGAGUAACAGCGGAUAAACAGCAAGAACAGGACUUGCAGAAACGGUUAUCAUCUCCUCCACAGGUGGAUCUCGGUAAUAAUUCCACCAGCAGCGGUACGGUUGAUAAACCGUCAGCAGAAAACGAUAAACCAAUGGAAGUUGCAGUGCCAUCAAAUGAAACCACAGUUCCAAACGAAUAAUCUUUGACCUGUUCAGAUACGAGAGGACACGUUUGAUCUCGAAAAUACGUUUAUUUACCCUGAAAAAAAAUAACACGCAUUUAAAGACUGCUUGGCUGGCUGAGGUCAUAUGGGACAAGGGUUUCUAAAAGUAUUUGUUUGCAUCCAUCUCAGUUAUAGUUUUAGCGAAACAACAACUAACACGCACGAAUGUUAUUGGUGCAAACAAUAACCUGGGGAAAAGGGAAAGGAUCGUUCUGUCCUGUAUGGACCGAAAGAAACCAAAUCAAACAAUACAGCAAAACCGACGGUGUUAAUCAACUACUCAUGUAUACACUUCCACCACGUAUUCUUAUUGUAGGAGUGCGAAGCGUCGCUGAAGCACAAAACAGAGCUAAUGUCACGGAUGGAAACGCAGCGCGAAUCGAUGGCAAGUGCGAUCUCGCAGCUGGAGAAAAAGUAUGCAAAUCAUUCUAUUAUCUAAUAAUUAUCUUGGUGCUGCUACCGAAUAACUACACAUGCCUAAGUUAACUAACCAUUACCCGCGUAUUAUCAUAUUACCUUUACGAUCAGCGCUUUCCUUAGAGUCGAAGCACAGUUGAAUUGAGUUCUUGUCCUUGUUUGCAAAUAAAUCGUCGAUGCCAGCUAGUAAUUAUUAAUCAUCCCAUGGGUUUACGUUGGGAGUAUGAGUAUAUUGUAUUGCGUGCCGCUAUGAUAAAACAAUAAAAGUAAAUGCAUCGUUUUAUGAACCCUAGUGCAACAGUGGUGUAAUUGAUUGCUUGAUUAAGGAAAAAUUGUGACAAAGCGCUUUUGUGUUUCUUUUAUUGGACAGAUUGGAUUAGCUAUUGAGUAUUAUUACGAGCAUAUUAUAUCGUCAAUAAAGUAAUGAAAACGGACAACGUGAUGAA